UGACUGUAUAGCAAAAGACCCGACAUGAAUCACCACACGCGAAUAUAGCUUAGCUGCCUCCAAACACUCAACGACAUCACCAACCUCCAUAUCCCGUUGAUUCUUACACACUCUUCUUCUCUUCUCUUCUCUUUCUUUCCCUGUCUCUCGCAACUUCGCCUUUUCCUCUUCUCCGAUUUUCUCUCUACUUUCUCUCACUGCAUUUUCUCCGCCAUUUACAUUUUCCACUCAUCAAAUCUCGGUAUCGGUGUUUCCGCGAUUCAAUCACUGAGCUGGAACAUUCUAAAAGUUCAUGCUGUUAUUAUUCAAGCUUAGGAGUAAAGCACUUCAGAUUUUCUACGUAGUUUGGCUUUUGUAAUUUGAAUGAAUACCUUUUAGCUUCAUCAGAAAUUGCAUAAUGGAAGAUGAGGAAGAACUGAAAGAGGUGAAAUUGUCUGGUAAUGGAUUACAUCCUCACGAAGUAGUAGAUAGUGGUGAAAAAGAGUUUGUUGAUAGUCUUGAUCAGGAAAAUGUGAUUGCUACCCAUAGUAUUAAGGUUGAUGAUGUAGAUGGAAGGGUAGGCUUGCAAGGUCAAAGUACCGUUUCUGCACCCACAUUAAUGGAUGAGGACCAGUUUGAGGAAGUGUCUUUGAAAGAUCAAGACAAGAGUAAUGAGUACCAGGAUUCAAACCAAUUACCAGAUUUUGAUAAUGCACAUAACCUAUUUGGUGGAAAUGUGGAGGAGUCUAAAUCUUCAUCUGGGACGUACUCGAUAGAGCAUGAUUCCUCCCCUGUUGUUGAAAUGCAACGUGAUAAUAUUCCUUAUAGUCCUGGGUCAGAUGGGCAGUCUAGCCCAACAAUUAGCUUUGAUUCUAGUACUGUUAAUUCUCCACCAAAGCCUAAGCAAAAACAUGCUAAACCAAAUGUAUCUCCAGAACUGCUGCAUUUAGUUGAUUCUGCUAUUAUGGGAAAACCUGAAGGUGUGGAUAAGCUGAAAAAUAUUGCAAGUGGCUCAGAAGUGUUUGGGACUGGUGAAGAAACGGAAAAUGUGGCUUUCUUAAUAGUGGAUUCGCUUCUUGCAGCCAUGGGUGGCGUUGAAAGUUUUGAGGAGGAUGAAGAUAAUAACCCUCCUAGUGUUAUGCUGAACUCCCGGGCUGCCAUUGUUGCAGGUGAACUUAUUCCUUGCCUUCCUUAUGUAGGUGAUUCUGGUGAUUUUAUGUCACCUAGGACACGGAUGGUUCGGGGACUACUUGCCAUAUUACGGGCUUGCACAAGAAACCGGGCAAUGUGCUCAAUGGCUGGUCUGUUAGGAGUGUUGUUGAGAACCGCAGAAAACAUUUUUACUGUGGAUGCUGGCUUAAAUGGACGGAUGAGGUGGGAUGGAACACCUUUGUGCCACUGCAUGCAAUACUUGGCUGGUCAUUCUCUUAGUGUUAUUGAUCUUCAUAGUUGGCUUCAAAUCAUUACAAAAACACUUGACACAAUGUGGGCACCACGAUUAAUGCUUGCUUUGGAGAAAGCAGCUAGUGGAAAGGAGUCAAGAGGACCGGCUUGCACGUUUGAAUUUGAUGGUGAAAGUUCUGGUUUACUUGGUCCAGGCGAGAGCCGUUGGCCAUUUAUCAAUGGUUAUGCUUUUUCAACAUGGAUUUACAUUGAAUCGUUUGCCGACACAUUAAAUACGGCUACUGUUGCUGCUGCAAUUGCUGCAGCUGCGGCGGCUAAGUCAGGUAAAUCAUCAGCUAUGUCAGCCGCUGCUGCGGCUAGUGCACUUGCUGGUGAGGGUACAGCACACAUGCCACGUCUAUUCAGUUUUUUAACUGGUGAUAACCAGGGUAUAGAGGCUUAUUUUCAUGCUCAAUUUUUGGUUGUUGAAACUGCUAGUGGAAGGGGAAAGAAAUCAUCCUUGCACUUUACCUAUGCAUUCAAACCACAAUGCUGGUACUUCAUUGGUCUUGAACAUAUAGGCAAGCAGGGUAUUCUCGGGAAAACAGAAAGUGAAGUUAGGUUAUAUGUGGAUGGAUCUUUAUAUGAAAGUCGUCCUUUUGAGUUUCCUCGAAUUUCAAAACCUCUUGCAUUUUGCUGCAUAGGAACUAACCCUCCUCCUACCAUGGCUGGGUUGCAACGGCGCCGUCGUCAGUGCCCUUUGUUUGCUGAGAUGGGCCCUGUCUACAUCUUCAAGGAACCUAUUGGCUCAGAAAGAAUGGCACGCCUAGCUUCUAGGGGAGGGGAUAUAGUGCCUUCUUUUGGUAAUGCAGCUGGUUUACCCUGGCUAGCAACAAACGCCCAUGUGCAGAGCAGGGCAGAGGAAAGUGCUCUUUUGGAUUCAGAAAUUGGAGGUUGCAUUCACCUGCUCUAUCAUCCUAGUUUGCUUAGUGGGCGCUUCUGUCCCGAUGCUUCACCUUCUGGUGCUGCAGGAAUGCUUCGACGUCCAGCCGAGGUUCUUGGGCAAGUUCAUGUUGCUACUCGAAUGCGACCUGUCGAUGCCUUGUGGGCAAUGGCCUAUGGUGGUCCCUUGUCUUUGCUUCCCUUGACAAUAAGCAAUGUACAUGAGGAUACAUUGGAGCCUCAGCCAGGGAAGUCUCCCCCUUCUUUAGCCACUGCAUCUCUUGCUGCCCCAAUAUUUCGAAUUAUAUCUGUGGCUAUCCAAUAUCCAAGGAACAAUGAGGAAUUGUCUCGUAGCAGAGGGCCUGAGAUUCUUUCAAAAAUUUUGAAUUAUCUUCUCCAAAUCUUAUCUUCGCUUGAUGGUAGAAAGCAUGAUGGUGUUGAAGAUGAGGAACUUGUUGCUGCUGUUGUCUCCGUUUGUCAAUCCCCAAAGAUCAACCAUACACUUAAAGUUCAGCUGUUCACUACGCUACUUUUAGACUUACAAAUUUGGAGUUUGUGCAGUUAUGGUAUACAAAAGAAGCUUCUAUCAUCACUUGCAGACAUGGUUUUCACUGAGUCAUCAGUAAUGAGAGAUGCAAAUGCCAUUCAAAUGCUUCUUGAUGGCUGCAGAAGAUGUUAUUGGACUGUUUCUGAAAUUAAUUCAUUGAAUACUUUCUCUCUGACUGGGGCAGCGCGUCCCGUGGGUGAAAUUAAUGCUUUGGUUGAUGAGCUCUUGGUGGUAAUUGAACUAUUAAUUGUGGCAGCAUCACCUUCGUUGGCCUCGGAUGAUGUCCGAUGUUUACUUGGGUUUAUGAUUGAGUGUCCGCAACCUAAUCAGGUUGCUAGGGUGUUGCAUCUCUUCUACAGGCUGGUUGUCCAGCCAAACACUUCUAGAGCUCACACAUUUGCAGAAGCAUUCUUGGCAUGUGGUGGGCUUGAAACUCUUCUUGUUAUUCUCCAAAGUGAAGCCAAAGCUGGAGAUGGUGGUCUCAUAGGAACAUCAUCAAAGAACCCUGAAAUUCAAAAAACAGAGAUUAGUGUUGAGAUUGCAGAAGAAAGUCAGGAAGAGGGAGCAGUGGAGGACAACAAAAGUGAGACCACCUUAAAAGAUGAUGACCAAGGUUCUCAUUCUGUUGAUGGUGGCAAUGGUCCUAAUAAUGGUUAUAGUGACAAUAGAAAGAUGACAUUUACUGCUGAAAUUCCUUCUGUCAAGAAUUUAGGAGGAAUAGGUUUAUCAAUUAGUGCAGAUAGUGCCAGAAAAAAUGUGUACAAUGUUGAUAAAAGUGAUGGCAUUGUUGUCAGAAUUAUAGGUCUCUUAGGAGCUUUAGUAGCUUCAGGACAUCUGAGAUUUGGUUCCCGUGCUGCGCCUGAUACAACAACCAACCUUUUGGGUAUUGGACUCCAUGAUGGAGGUGGUACCAUGUUUGAAGAUAAGGUUUCUCUUCUACUUUAUGCUCUACAGAAGGCUUUUCAAGCGGCACCCAAUAGGCUAAUGACCAACAAUGUGUACACAGCUCUGUUGGCUGCCUCGAUCAAUGCCUCUUCAUCAGAAGAUGGUCUAAAUUUCUAUGAUUCGGGUCAUCGCUUUGAGCACCCACAACUUCUACUGGUGCUUCUGCGAUCACUCCCAUUUGCUGCUAGGUCACUGCAGAGCAGGGCUCUACAGGAUCUUCUAUUUUUGGCUUGCAGUCAUCAUGAAAAUAGAGUCAGUUUGACAAACAUGGAGGAAUGGCCUGAGUGGAUUCUUGAAGUGCUGAUCUCAAACUAUGAGAUGGGUCCAAGCAAACUUUCUGAUUCAACAAGCAUUGGAGACAUAGAAGACCUUAUACACAAUUUCCUUAGUAUCAUGCUGGAGCACUCAAUGCGUGAAAAGGAUGGAUGGAAGGAAAUUGAAGCGACAAUUCAUUGUGCAGAAUGGCUUUCUAUUGUUGGUGGAUCCAGCAUAGGAGAACACCGAAUAAGACGUGAAGAAUCAUUGCCUAUAUUUAAGAGGAGGCUCUUGGGGGGCUUGCUGGACUUUGCUGCUAGAGAACUGCAGGUUCAGACUCAAGUUAUUGCUGCUGCUGCUGCUGGAGUUGCUGCCGAGGGUUUAUCACCUAGAGAUGCUAAGGCGGAGGCUGAGAGUGCUGCCCAACUUUCUGUAGCCUUAGUAGAGAAUGCUAUUGUGAUACUCAUGCUUGUUGAGGAUCACCUACGGUUACAGAGCAGACAAUCUUCUUCCCGUGCUGUAGCUGGUUCUCCAUCCUCCGUUUCUCAUACUUAUCCAACCAAUAAUCGCUCAAUUUCACUAUCAACAAUUGAAGAAUCAUCAGAAAUGAUGGAAGAUGGCAGAUCCUUAUCUAGUGGCUCUGCGGGAGUCCCUCUAGAUGUCCUUUCUUCAAUGGCUGAUGAAAGUGGCCAGAUCCCUCCUUCAGUGAUGGAAAGGCUUGCUGCUGCAUCAGCAGCUGAGCCUUACGAAUCUGUUUCUAGUGCUUUUGUGUCAUAUGGGUCCUGUUCUAAGGAUUUAGCUGAUGGCUGGAAAUAUAGGAGUCGAUUAUGGUAUGGUGUUGGACUUCCACCAAAUACAGUUCCAUUUGGUGGUGGUGGGAGUGGAUGGGACUUUUGGAAGUCUGCCUUAGAGAAAGAUGCCAACGGCAAUUGGCUUGAGCUUCCUUUGGUGAAGAAAUCCGUGGCAAUGCUCCAAGCAUUAUUGCUAGAUGAGUCUGGGCUGGGUGGUGGUCUUGGUAUUGGUGGAGGAUCAGGUACUGGAAUGGGAGGGAUGGCUGCACUAUACCAGCUUUUAGACAGCGACCAACCAUUCUUGUGCAUGCUUCGAAUGGUUCUUCUUUCAAUGAGAGAAGAUGAUGAUGGAGAAGAUCAUAUGCUGAUAAUGAAUCCAAGUAUUGCGGAUCCAGUGUCUGAAGGAAGAAAAUCACGCUCAGAACUUUUGUGGAGUGUUCUCUCUCCUGUUCUCAACAUGCCAAUAUCUGAUUCGAAGAGACAGAGAGUCUUGGUGGCAUCUUGCGUGCUUUAUUCAGAGGUAUACCAUGCUGUCAGCAGUGACAGAAAACCUCUUCGUAAAAAGUACCUUGAGGCUAUUUUACCACCAUUUGUUGCUGUGUUAAGGAGGUGGCGACCCAUUUUAGCUGGUAUACAUGAGCUUGCUACUGCUGAUGGUUUGAAUCCUCUUAUGGAAGACGGUCGUGCAUUGGCUGCUGAUUCCCUGCCAAUUGAGGCAGCUCUUGCUAUGAUAUCCCCAGCCUGGGCAGCUGCUUUUGCUUCUCCACCUGCUGCAAUGGCAUUAGCUAUGGUUGCAGCUGGUACUUCAGGUGGUGAAAGCCAAGCUCCUACAUCUGCUUCCCAUCUUAGGCGUGAUACCUCAAUGCUGGAACGGAAACAGAAUAAGCUCAAUACGUUUGCAAGCUUUCAGAAACCUGCAGAAGUCCCUAAUAAGACACCACCCCUUCCGAAGGACAAGGCUUCUGCAAAAGCUGCUGCUUUGGCAGCUGCUCGUGAUCUUGAACGAUUUGCAAAGAUUGGUUCUGGUAGAGGUCUUAGUGCUGUUGCAAUGGCUACAUCUGCACAGCGGAGGAGUGCUAGUGAUAUGGAACGGGUUAAGAGGUGGAAUAUUUCUGAAGCAAUGGGAGUUGCCUGGAUGGAAUGUUUGCAACCAGUUGAUACAAAGUCAGUGUAUGGGAAAGAUUUUAAUGCUUUUGCAUAUAAAUAUAUUGCUGUUCUUGUUGCCAGUUUGGCCCUAGCAAGGAACAUGCAACGUUCUGAGACUGACAGGCAUGCUCAUGUUGCUGUAAUUGCUCGGCAUCGAAUCACAACUGGAGUCCGUGCAUGGCGCAAACUUAUUCACCAUUUACUUGAAACAAAGAGUCUUUUUGGGCCUUCUGCAGAUCACUUAUGCAAUCCACCUCGUGUUUUCUGGAAGCUAGAUUUCAUGGAAAGUUCAUCCAGGAUGAAAAGAUGUUUGCGGAGGAAUUACCAAGGGUCUGAUCAUUUAGGAUCUGCGGCCAAUUAUGAUGAUUCUGCUGAGGAGAGAAAUGAGCAGAACACACCAAUGUUGUCAUCAGAAGCAUUCUCACCAGAGACCGUCAAUGAAUAUGAAGAACAAGGAGAAAUAGACAAUUUGGAUGCUAGGGUUAAUGAUAUUGAAGAGAAAGGAGAAAAUGAGACUAGGUUUUCUGAAUCUGCAGAGAAGAGUGUGCAGUUAUCUUUAGAAUCUAGUUGUACACAACUUGCAAGUGAUGAACACAUUGUGCAUAGUUCUUCAGCCAUUGCACCUGGGUAUGUUCCCAGUGAGCUUGAUGAAAGAAUUGUUCUUGAGCUGCCAUCAUCAAUGGUACGGCCACUCAAAGUCGUACGGGGAAUUUUUCAAAUAACCAGUAAGAGGAUAAAUUUUAUAAUUGAUAGCAGUGAGAGCAGAACCACAAAGGACUCUGUAGAUUCCAGUUCUGAGGUGGGAGACCAAGAAAAGGAUCGUAGUUGGUUAAUGUCAUCCCUUCAUCAAAUCUAUAGUCGGAGGUACCUCCUUAGAAGAAGUGCUUUGGAGUUAUUUAUGGUGGAUCGUUCAAACUUCUUCUUUGACUUUGGGAGUAGCGAAGGGCGAAAAAAUGCUUAUCGAGCAAUUGUUCAAGCGCGACCUCCACACUUAAACAAUAUAUAUCUGGCAACUCAGAGGCCUGAACAACUUUUAAAAAGAAUUCAACUUAUGGAGCGCUGGGCUAGAUGGGAGAUCAGCAAUUUUGAAUAUCUAAUGCAACUCAAUACACUGGCUGGGCGUAGUUAUAAUGAUAUUACCCAGUAUCCGGUCUUCCCAUGGAUUCUUUCUGAUUACAAUUCAGAGAGCUUGGAUCUUUCUAACCCUUCUUCUUAUCGCGAUCUUUCAAAGCCUAUUGGGGCACUGAACCCAGAGCGUCUGGAGAGAUUUCAAGAGAGAUAUGCUAGCUUUGAUGAUCCGGUUAUUCCAAAAUUCCAUUAUGGAUCACACUACUCGAGUGCAGGAACUGUUCUGUAUUAUCUUGUUAGGGUUGAACCAUUCACUACCCUUGCAAUUCAACUGCAAGGUGGAAAGUUUGACCAUGCAGAUCGGAUGUUUUCUGAUAUUUCUGCUACUUGGAAUGGAGUUCUAGAGGACAUGAGCGAUGUGAAGGAAUUGGUUCCUGAGCUAUUUUACCUCCCUGAGGUCCUUACAAAUGAAAAUUCAAUUGAUUUCGGCACAACACAGUUGGGAGAAAAGCUUGAUACUGUAAGGCUUCCUGCCUGGGCUGAGUCUCCAAUUGAUUUUAUUCAUAAGCAUCGGAUGGCUUUGGAGAGCGAGUAUGUAUCUGCUCAUUUGCAUGAGUGGAUUGACCUCAUAUUUGGGUAUAAACAACGGGGCAAGGAAGCUGUUACAGCAAAUAAUGUUUUCUUUUAUAUUACCUAUGAAGGGACAGUGGAUAUUGAUAAAAUCUCUGAUCCUGUACAACAACGAGCCACACAAGAUCAGAUUAGAUACUUUGGACAAACGCCAUCGCAACUCCUGACUGUUCCUCACUUGAAGAAAAUGCCAUUAGCAGAAGUUUUGCAUUUGCAGACAAUAUUCCGCAACCCAAAAGAAGUCAAACCAUACGCUGUUCCAUCACCUGACCGGUGCAAUCUUCCUGCGGCUGCCAUUCAUGCAUCUUCAGAUACAGUUGUGGUUGUUGACAUGAACGCACCAGCUGCUCAUGUUGCACAACACAAGUGGCAACCAAAUACUCCUGACGGCCAGGGUACUCCUUUCCUCUUUCAACAUGCGAAAACAACAUCAAGCUCCAGUGGUGGUACAUUUAUGCGCAUGUUCAAAGCGCCAGCUGCAUCUGGUGAAGAGUGGCAAUUCCCUCAAGCAGUGGCAUUCUCUGCAUCUGGAAUUAGAAGUCAAGCUAUCGUGUCAAUAACAUGCGACAAAGAAAUCAUUACUGGUGGGCAUGCUGAUAAUAGUAUCAGACUAAUAUCCUCAGACAGCGCUAAAACCUUAGAAACAGCUUAUUCACAUUGUGCUCCUGUGACUUGCGUCAGUCUUUCGCCAGAUAGCAACUACUUGGUGACAGGAUCCCGGGAUACAACAGUAUUACUCUGGAGAUUACAUAGAGUACUUGUGUCUAACCCAGGUGUCAUAUCAGAACAUUCUCCCAGGACUGGUAAACCAUCUUCAACCAGUAGUGGUUCAUCAUCAAUCUUGACAGAAAAGGAUCGGAGGCGUCGUAUUGAGGGUCCUAUACAUGUGCUUCGGGGGCAUCGGAGUGAAAUACUUAGUUGUUGUGUUAAUUCAGAUAUUGGAAUAGUUGUUUCAUGCUCCCAUUCAUCAGGUGUUCUCCUGCACUCUGUAAGAAGGGGACGUCUAAUGAGAAGGCUGGAUGGUGUGCAGGCCCAUGUUGUCUGCCUUUCCUCUGAAGGGAUUGUGAUGACUUGGAAUGAGUCACAGCAUACUCUUAGUACCUUUACUCUCAAUGGUGCUCCGAUCGCAAACACACAGUUAUCUUACUUUUGCAGUGUCAGUUGCCUAGAAAUUUCUGUGGAUGGUAGGAGUGCCUUGAUGGGAAUAAAUUCUCUACCAAAUGGGGGAUCCUAUAAUAACAGCCUGAAUUUGCAGUUGACUAAGUCGGGAAUUGUCGAUUUUGAUUUAGAAUCGGAAGAAACAAAUGAAAGGAACAGAAUUGAUGUUCCAUCACCAUCAAUAUGUUUCCUAGAUAUGCACACCCUGCAGGUAUUUCAUGUGUUGAAGUUGGAAGAAGGACAGGAUCUCACAGCUGUGGCACUAAACAAGGAUAACACAAAUCUUCUAGUUUCAACUUCAAAUAAACAAUUGAUAAUCUUCACUGACCCAGCUUUAAGCUUGAAAGUGGUCGAUCAAAUGCUCAAGCUUGGCUGGGAAGGAGAUGGGCUUCGGCCUCUUAUAAAUUCAUAGCUUUUAGGAUACACACCAUUCGAUUACAGAUCUAAACAAUAUGAAUUAGGAAAAUUAGGUUGACGUUAUGAUACUCCUUUUUGUUCGUUGGUUUGCAUCCCUAUUGUUCAUAUAUCUGUAAAAUAUGUAUAACAUCCAAUUGAUACCACAAGUUUUAGGUUCUUAGAUUUAGUUGAGGUUCUUUGCUAUUAUUACAGCUGUGCUGAAGCGUUGGAUAUUGGACAAGCUUCUGAGUUGUGACUUGAGGUUUGAGCCAUUAAUUUUUGUUCCCAAUUUUUUAAUUAAAGAGAAUGAAGCUAUAAUAGAGAUAUUCUUUCUUGUAA